ACUUCCGGAGCUGUGUUUCCGGUCUGGUUUGUUGUUGUCUGGCUCUGUUUCCGCUGUGGAUGCUCCUGCAGCUGGACCCAAAAUGACCAAACUGCAGCUCCUGAACGCCUACCUGACGGAGCGGCUGGCCGUGGUGGUGAAGGAGAUCCUGGACGUGGUGGAGGACACGGUGACCGAGUACCGGGAAGAGACCGCGAGGACGCAGCGGGAGAACGAGAGCCUGCGGAGCCAGCUGCGGGACAUCCUGCUGCUGGAGGCCGAGACAGAGUGGCUGAGGUCGACCAGAUCCACUCUAGGGUUAACCGCUCCUGAUGAGCCACAGCUUGGACCCCGCUCAGAGGAGCCAGACUCCACCCUGAACCAGCCCAAAACUGCCUCCAACCAUCCUGGUGAGCAGGUGUUUCUUUGCCGCCUCCGGCACAGCAGAGCGAGGAAUUCCCCCGGGCCGAUCCUCCUGCCGCUUAACAAGAAGCCUGCUGAGACCCGGGAGACCGUCCUGAAGCCCGGGCCUCACAAGGAGGCGCUACUUAAAAGCAUACCUCCUCUCUCUAACUCCCUCCCUAAAAUUCACGUUCAAGUUCCUGUUCUGAGAGAGGCACAGGCCUCAGCGACUCCUGUGAUCAAAGAUGAACCCGAGGAGUACAAAGUGAGUGAACCGGAAGGCAACACAGACGCUCUGACAGCAGCUGCAUGCGUCACGCAGGAACAGCUGAGCUUUAGAUCAGACGCAGACAGGACGGUGUUGGUGCAUUCAGACCGACAUGAAGCUCAUAAGAAGAAGAAAGUGUCUCAUGAGAAGCUCACAGUGACUAAUGAGGGCGCAGCGGGUUACAUCCCUGAGCUCGUACACCGCUGCCCCCGCUGCGGCGAGGCGUUCGACCAGGCCAGCAGUCUCCUCCACCUGGAGCAGAAGAGGAAACCCUACGCCUGCGAGUGGUGCUGCAAAUCCUUCGCACAGUCCGCAGACCUGCGGCGUCACCUGCGCACACACACGGGCGAGAGGCCGCACCGCUGCAACUUCCUGCUCCAAGAGCUUCAGCCAAGAGGAAACCUGCGGAGACACCUGCGCAUUCACACUGGGGAGCGGCCCUACAGCUGCCCCUACUGCUGCCGCACCUUCAGCUACGGAGACACCAUGAAGAAACACAAACGCACACACUAGGAGGGAAGGCCGACCAAGGACGAUCAGUGCUCCAAGACAUUCAGCGGCUCCGGCAGCCUGCAGAUACAUUUAAAGAAGGACAUGUGUUACAUGGUCAACGCCUGAUUGGUCGGUUUCAGGAGAGCGAGAGGUCGCAGUGAGGUCGCAGUAAGGUCAAGGAGCUCAGGAGAGGCGGUGCUAACACAAGCCAGUGGGAUGUAGAUAUUGACCCUUACGUACAUGUAGGUGUAGUGAGUCAUGCGUAGUACCUUUACGUCUACACUGAACUGAUGCGUCCUCACAGAUCAGUCUGCUCUCUUUAGGUCCAGAUCUCAAACACCAGCUGGGACAACAUCCUGCUCUUAAAGCUACAGUGAGCAGAUCAUCCUCCAAUCUUUAUUUAUGAGGCUUUGAAUCACAUCAAAAGUUUUGUCCUAACACUCUCCAUGUUUUACUUUCAUCAUCUAGAGACGAUCAGGACUCAGUAGGAGACUGGCCUGGUGUAAUCAUCAUUAUAUAAUAACUGCACUGCCGCUGACUCAUCUGCAUUUGUCUAAACUUGUUACUCAGGUCUGUUUUCAUCAUGAACCGAUCUGCUGUUAAUUAUUUAUCUAAAAGACACAAAUAUUAACCCUCAAUGAAAAGAGUUACAGGUCAAUGUUUAGUUUUUGAUUAAAGAAUGAAACAAGGAAGAGAAGAAGAGAACUUUUAGGUAACUAGAGCAGAUAGAUGUGUGAUUUAUUUAGUCAUAGACUGAUACUUAUUUAAGAGGAAACAUUUACAGACAUGGAGGAUGAGAAACUUAGUUUUUGAACUAGUAUAAGGCAGCUUUAUUAAACAGCUAACUAUUUAAGUACAUCUGCUCAGCUGUGAUUCUCUGCUCCAUGUGCUGUGAGAGCUCAACUACUCAAUGACACUCCUUCUGAAUCACUCCAAACAGCGCAUUUAUACUUGUUCUAUAUUGGCUAAAGUUAUUGGCUUAUAGAUAAUGAUCAGUCAGGCUGUAUUAAGGAACAUGCAAAACUUUAAGACAGGUGGGAUGUUUUGAAAAGGUGUUGUAGGGAUUGUGAGGGAAGCUGUCGUUUGUCACUUCAGUGCAGGAAGAGGAAACAUAAAUAUCAGCUUCAUUUCUUACACGGCGCCCUGAUGGUCACAUGUGCCAGCCUCGCUUGUUACGAGCUAAGACGCAGGUAUGUGUUUACUAAAGGAUUGAAGAUGACUUAAUAAGACACUGAAGAAGAGAGCAGCGUAUUUACAGCCCACUGGUUUGUGAUGAAGCUUGAACAAGACUAACUUUUAAAUCUAGAGUUGAAGUUGAGGACGAGCGGCACAGAAUACCUGAGGAACCUGUUGCUCUUAAACGUUGUGUUCCUGUGAAGCGGACAGUUUGCAGUUUGUUGGCAGCUACACCGACCCUCCAUGCCUUCAUGUUUAUUUAUUCAUUUAUUUAUUUAUUUAUCACUUACAUAUAUCCUAAGUUUGACCUUUAGAAAGUCUGUGUUUCCUGCCUUCAAAGGAUCCAUCUCUGCGUCCACACUGAAAGACAGAACUCCAGACGUCUUCUCCUUCAGUCUGGAUCUGUGCGUCACGGUGGGAGGAGACUUACCUCCAUAUGGCGGUUCUGAAAUCUCCAUUAUUAUUUUUCGACUGCAGAGAUUUCUUUAAGUUUUCACUUCAUUAACACACCUCCAUUUUCACCUGCGUGUAAUCCUGACUACAAGAGAAGACAUCAGUUGUAGACACUCGGUGUGACAGAUGAUCAGUCCCAGUGGGAACUAUGUUGCAGAUAGAUUAAGGUUUAUAACGCUCUGAAAACAGUCAUGAAAGACGACUUCCUCUCCUGAGGGAUCUGAUAGAAAACUCCAGAACAGUAUCUUUCAUUUCAAAGGUACCUGCCGUAGAUGUUUGGUAGAUAACUAGUUAAACUAGUUGAACUUGUAGCUGAGGUAACCGAGGUUAAAACUGAUGCGUGUUGAGCUUUUUCGUAUCCGUACCCGAUUCAAGGACAAGGACUAUCCACCUGAAUCUUGCAAUACUUUCCCUCGACAGCCUCCCACCUCUCUAGAAAGUCCCUGUAUGCCUUUAACUGUACGCUUUCAGAUGCUUUAAAAUAGGUUUGCACUCCAGCGCCUGUCAUUAUCGUCGAUUCAAGCUGUUGCAGUGCUCCCCCGAGUCCCUGCAGAGAAAAUGAGUGCAAGCAAGCAGGGUACAGAUCUCAAACUACAAGAGCAGGAUCUUGAAUGAAGGUGAGAAAGAGGCCCAGACAUGUGUUUGAGUCCAGAUGUUCACAGAGCAGAUACUUACCAGCAGUGGAAAUGAGACAUGUGCAUGCUGGAAAUGUGUUAAAUACGAGGUUUAGUGAAGAACUCUUCAGUGCUCCAGUUCAAAUAUAACAAAUCGUUCUUCCCUGUUACGAUUGAAGUGUUUCUUUUCUCCAGAGUGUCGACACUGUGAUGGUGUGAGUGAUGGAUGGAGGUGAGGGUAACAGGUGUGUGUCUGAGGGGGAUCACCUGAGACCUUGCUGUGUUCUCUCUCUGAGCUUCGACAUCAGCAGAGUGGAAACCUGUCAGCUGAACGCCGCUGAGGGACUUUGAUUAAACUGACAUUAACUGGACUUUCUCAAAGAGUGAGCGGACUCAUGAGGAGAGACUCUCCUGCCUCAGAGGAGACCGGCUGCUGCAAUACUACACAUAGAAUAAUAUAUUAUUUAUUUUCUCUUUCAUCAGUGUUAGACUCUCAUCUCGUCUGAUGUCACUCCUGGAAAUGUUGUGUGUUAUUUGGAGACGGCUGAUUGUAGAACAUGAAGGGAAGCGGCUGCUCGCUGCAGAGGAACGGACAGACUUGUGUUAUUUUUGCAGAAAACAAGACGAUACAUGAAGUCAGCGGUCAUACCUGCUGGAGGAAGAGAGUGUGUUGAUCGUCUCUGAAGAACGCUCCAUUCUGUGUGAUUAGUAUUUUGUAUUGAUGUGAAACAUCUUGUUUUUUUAGGCAUAAUAAAUGUUCUAGACAAACUCUG